CGAGAGCCCUUGAAUAUCUGCUCUGCUAGCUGCUUCUGCUUCCAUCAUGGUUGCACACGUUCAACCUCACGCUCCAUUUCCCGCGCCGCCUUUAUAUACUAACGCGACUUCCUGCUUUCAGUUUCCGUUGAUUGGUUCUUCUAAGUUCUAAGCGCGAUUUGCCGUCUUCCUUAUUUGCUGUUACUCGAAGGAGAUAAGCCACAGUCCGUUUCCAAGCACUUGCGAGGAGCUCUCUCGGUCCCGGCACCUCCUCUGUUCAGAUGCUCUCUACUGAUUUGGAUCCCCGCAGGCAAUUGAUAAUUUAUUUGGAAUAAUUUCUGAGUUACCAAGUUUUUUACAUUAUGGGGGUAAAGGCUGAUGGUGAAAAUGGCUCUCUCAUUCUGAUCAAGCAAGGAGCUGAAGCUAGAGUUUUUGAGUCUCAUUUUGUGGGAAGGAAGUCCAUUGUCAAGGAACGGUUCUCAAAGAAAUACAGGCAUCCAUCUUUGGAUUCAAAGCUUACACUCAAGCGCUUAAAUGCGGAGUCUAGGUGUAUGACAAUAGCAAGGCGGCUAGGGGUUUGUACCCCUGUGUUAUAUGCUGUGGACCCUGUGCUGCAUACAUUGACAUUUGAGUACGUUGAGGGUCCCUCUGUUAAAGAUGUAUAUCCUGAAUUCGGGAUUACUGGUGUUAUCGCAGAACAGAUGGAGGAUAUAGCUACACAAAUUGGUGUUGCAAUUGCCAAGCUACAUGAUGGUGGUUUAAUCCAUGGCGACUUGACCACAUCAAACAUGUUGAUCAGGAGUGAUUCCAAUAAUUUGGUACUAAUAGAUUUUGGUCUGAGCUUCACGUCGACCCUUCCAGAAGACAAAGCUGUUGACUUAUAUGUCCUUGAGCGAGCCCUGCUGUCAAUGCAUUCAUCAUGUGGGAAUGUGAUGGAUAGAAUACUUGCUGGAUACAGGAAGUCCUCAAAGCAGUGGUCAUCCACAUUGAACAAGCUAGCUCAAGUACGUCAACGGGGUCGAAAACGCACUAUGGUUGGGUGAGCCUUCUUCUGGUAUGCGUGUGCACAAGUAGUGUAUAUUGGGCUGCCAUAUUUACUUAUGGCCUCAAAUUAUGAUACUAGUCUUAUCAGUCCUUUAUAGUUUUAUUGUCGUCAUGCCCUUUGAAAUUGUUGUGCAAAUUGUGAAGUAGCAGUAUAAAUUGACAUUUUUUCAGCCUCUUUGGCCCUUGUUUAACUAAAGAACAUGUUGGAUCAUGGAGUAAACAUAGUGUUGUCAAUUCUUCGGGAUGUUUGGUUUUA